AUGCUGUCUCGUGGCGGUGGCGGCGGCGCGGCCAAGCGGUGCAAGCACCGGGUGGUAGUGAAGAGGGUGCCCCUGCCCGCAGGGGACGAGCUCCAGGUUGUUCAGGAGGAGGUGAAGUGGCUGAGGCGCGCCUCCACAUGGUGUCGGAACGUGUGCACAUUCCAUGGUGUUGUCAGGGUCGGCGGCCACGUCUGUUUCAUCAUGGAUCGCCAUGUUGGGUCUGUGCAGGCCGAGAUGCGGCAGAAUGGUGGACGCCUCACGCUGGAGCAAAUUCUCAGCUGCUUUGUUUGCUUAGCUUCUAUUGUUGUAAGGAAGGAAAUUUAUGAAGUGUGGUGGUUUUCCCGCCAAUAUUAG